UCUACUAACUAAUAUAUUAAAAAGUCAAGAUGGGGAGUAUGCUGCAGUGUGGCUCCUGGUGGGCUUAUCCUGUUUCCUUCCUGAACGAACUCAGGGCAGGACCAAUCAGGAGACAUCUGAGAGAUUUCUGAAAACACUCCUUCUAAUGUUCACUUUUCAGUCCUCCUCCUCAGGAAGACAACGUUAAAUGCUUGUACUUAACAGAGCUUGAAAAUACCUGAAGCAGAACCUGGUAGAACUAAAAGGAAAAUAGAAAUAGACACACCUCUCAGUAAUUACAAGAUCUAGAUUUUUAAAAAUCAGGAUAAAGAACUUCUGAACGACAAUAUCAACCACCUUAAUAGAUUUUUUUUUUUUAAAUAGAACUAUACUUCCACAAGCGCAAGAGGAAGGAAGAAAAUCCUAAGAGAGGAGGGAGAGAGGGAGCGAGAGCACGAGCAACCUCCGUGUGUCCAGGUCUGCUAGGGUUAUGGGGAUAUUGAGACCUGAUGUAUACCCAUGUCCUGCUUGGGUAUAUAUACUGAGCACUUGCCAUGUGCCUAGUACAUAUAUUAAGCGCUCGCUGGUGCCAAGACUUCUCUCUAAGCUCUAUUAGGGAUUCCUCAACCACAACACAAACCCGAGAUCGCAGAGCGUGCCACGUUCAGCCCGCGGCAGGCUGGAAGCCAUUCCCCGCCCGCCCAUCGCCAAGCCCGGAGGGCCGCCGCGCGCUCAGGCCCCGAGCGCCAGCGCCAGCGCCUGCGCUUGCGCAUUCCGCGCAACCCUCUGGGGCGAUGACCAGGCCCUCCCUACCGGGGACUACAUGUCCCAGAUGUCCCUGCACCUAGUUUCCUUCCGGCUUCCUCGCUGGUGUCGGCUCGGAGAGAUCUGUCUUAUCUGGACUCUGAAGUUCUCCAGCAGGGAAGUCUUAAAAAGGACUGACCAGUUCUUAAAGUUCAAAACAAUGGCCCACGGUUCAGUGACAUUCAGGGAUGUGGCCAUAGACUUCUCACAGGAAGAAUGGGAGUUCCUGGACUCAGCCCAGAGGGACUUAUAUAGGGAUGUGAUGUGGGAGAAUUAUAGCAACUUCAUCUCACUGGCAGGACCUUCCAUUUCUAAACCAGAUGAGAUUACCUUAUUGGAUGAAGGGAAGGAGCCCUGGAUGGUUGUCAGGGAAGGGACGAGAAGACUCCACCGUGGUUUGGAAUCCAGAUACAGGACCAGUAUUUUAUCUUCAGAAAAGGACAUUUAUGAAAUAUGCUCAUUCCAGUGGGAGCUAAUGGAAAGAAUUAAAAGCUGUAGCCUUCAGGACUCCAUUUUUAGAAAUGAUUGGGAAUGCAAAAGCAAGAUGGAGGGGCCGAAGGAACCACAGGAGGGCUAUUUUGGGCAAGUGAAAAUUGAUUCUGAAAAAAUCGCUACUUACAAAAGGCAUAAUCUUCUUGCUGAAUAUCAGAGAGUUCAUAAUGGAGAAAAGUUAUAUGAAUGUAAGGAAUGCAGGAAGACAUUUAUUCGUCGCUCAACACUUAGCCAACACCUGAGAAUUCAUACUGGUGAGAAGCCUUAUAAAUGUAAGGAGUGUGGGCAGGCCUUUAGACAGCGUGCGCACCUUAUUAGACAUCACAAACUUCACACUGGCGAGAAACCCUAUGAAUGUAAGGAAUGUGGGAAGGCCUUUACAGUCCUCCAAGAACUUACUCAACAUCAGAGACUUCAUACUGGGGAAAAGCCGUAUGAAUGUAAGGAGUGCGGCAAGGCCUUUCGAGUACAUCAGCAACUCGCCCGGCACCAGAGAAUUCACACUGGCGAGAAGCCCUAUGAGUGCAAGGCAUGUGGGAAGACCUUUAGACAGUGUACACACCUUACUCGACAUCAGAGACUUCAUACUUCUGAGAAGCUCUACGAAUGUAAGGAAUGUGGGAAGGCCUUCGUAUGUGGUCCAGACCUUAGAAUACAUCAGAAGAUUCAUUUUGGUGAGAAACCCUAUGAAUGUAAGGAGUGUGGAAAGGCUUUUAGAAUAUGCCAGCAGCUUACUGUCCAUCAGAGUAUUCAUACUGGUGAGAAACCCUAUGAAUGUAAGGAAUGUGGGAAGACUUUUAGACUAAGGCAACAACUUGUUCGCCAUCAGAGAAUUCAUACCCGUGAGAAACCCUAUGAAUGUAUGGAAUGUUGGAAGACCUUUAGUAGUUACUCACAACUUAUUUCACAUCAGAGCAUUCACAUUGGUGAGAGACCUUAUGAAUGUGAAGAGUGUGGGAAGGCCUUUAGACUGCUUUCACAACUUACUCAACAUCAGAGCAUUCAUACUGGUGAGAAACCCUAUGAAUGUAAGGAAUGCAGAAAACCGUUUAGACUGCUCUCCCAGCUUACUCAACAUCAAAGUAUUCAUACUGGUGAGAAGCCUUAUGAAUGUAAGGAAUGUGGUAAGGCUUUUAGACUUUAUUCAUUUCUAACUCAACACCAGAGAAUUCAUACUGGUGAGAAACCCUACAAAUGUAAGGAAUGUAAGAAGGCCUUUCGACAACAUUCACACCUUACUCAACAUCAGAAAAUUCAUAAUGGAAUUUAAUACAGGAAUGUGUUCAAGGGCACAUUAUGUUACAAAACAUCAGAAAAUUCAUUUUUGAAUAAAUUUGUUUCAUGGUCACAACUAAGCAUAAGAAAACUUUAUAUUAUAGGAAAGAAAUUAUUGAUUUAAAACCUUCUACCACCAUUUAAACAUUAUUUAUCUUUAGCAAAUUUAUAUGAGAAAAUAAUAUAAUGAAUGCAGGAAAAUCUUUAGCCUUACCUAUCAUUAUCGCCAUUUUGCUACUUUAUUAUUGGUGUGUUAUUGGACAAGGUACUUAAAUUUCUGUGCCUCAUUUUGCUCACUUGUAAAAUGGUGAUAGUAGUAGCUAUGUAUAUUAGUUAUUUAUUGCUGUGUAGUAAAUUACCACAAACUUAGUAGCCUAAAUUAAUGCACAUUUAUUUUUUCAAUUUCUAUGGGUCAGGAGUCUAGGCAUAACUUAGUUGGGUCUCCUGCUCUAAGGUCUCUCAUGAGGUUAAAAUCAAGGUUUCAGUCAGGGCUGAAUCUCAUCUGAUGGCUCAAGUAGGGAAGGGAUCCACUUCCAACCUCAUGUGGUUGUUGGCUGAAUUCAUUUCCUUGAGGGCUCUUGCACUGAAUUCUUCAGUUUCCAGCUGGCUGUAGGCUAAAGGCUGAUCUCAGUUCCUUGCCACAAGGGCCUCUUCAACCCAGCUGCUUACUUCAUCAAAGUAUGUAAGGCAAGAAAGCGGUAAGAGUCUGCUAGCAUCAUGGAAGUUAUCGUCUUGUGUGAUAUGAUCACUAAAAUGACAUUUCAUUGCCUUUGCUGUCUUCUGUUGGCGAGAAGCAAGGAACUAGGCUGCCCUACACCCCAGGAAACAGGCUUGCCCAUGAGUAUGAAUACCAGGAGAGAGGGACCAUUGGGGCCAACUCAGAGUCAGCCUGCUACUUUGUGUAAUAGAAUUGUUGUGAGGAUUGAGUAGUUGAUACUUGGAAAAAUAGCCACAUAGCAUGUUUUCUGUAAAUAUUAUCUAUAAUUGUUAUUAACAUCAUUAGUAUUAGUGAAUUCAUAUGAAAGGAAUAUCCUGUAGAAGUAAUCAAUGUAGAAAUGCCUCCUGUCACUGCUCGGCACUUACUAAACUUAAGAUAAUUUAUUCUGGAUAAAGUCUAGGAUGUUAAAUGACUUCCUAGACUUGAGUGUGAGAAGUAACUCAUCACUUGAGCUGCAUCAGAAAUUUCACACUGAAAAGAAACCUUAUGAAUUUCAUAAAGAUGAGAUUGUUAAGAGUUCAACUGUUGGAGAAUCAGAGAAACAUGAAAUUAUUUUCCCAUAAUAAAUUCCAAAGAGCUAACGUUUUGUAAUCCCUGUUGUCUGACCACCAUCAAGAUUAAUUAGAAACUAUCAAAAAGAUGGCAAAAAGGAAACUAACCACUUGGGAGUUGAAUAUUGUGUGUGUGCAUGUUUGUGUGUAUAAAACUCUUUUUAAAAGAAAGAAACAUUCCAUUACAGCCAGUAUAGUUUUUGUCGCUCAGAUUGCCCCACUGUCCACCACUGAGAAUUGGGUCUUUUGUCAUGACCCCAGUUGUAGUUUGUUAGUUUACUUGCUUAUGGCUGCACAGUUCGGUCAGCCAUGGAAGAUGCAUGGGCAUCAGCUCAUCAUUCUGAAAACCAGUAAAUAAAGGGGAAAAUAAGUAUUUAUUUUACUUUUAUGUGAACCAAGUUUCAGGGUCACCCAAAGCACAUCAAAUUAAAAAAAAAUUUUUUUUGAUUCAAAGAAUCUCACCAGUAAAUACAGAAAAAAUGAUAGACUUAGAAACUACUCAUCAUUUUCAUCAUUUUCUAGUUCCUAGUGGAAUAAUGAGUCCAGCAAAUGAUCUUCAAUGGAUAUUAAAACUAUUUGGUGAAAGAGUUUAUAGUGAGAACUUUAUGUUGGACUUACCAAGCUGACCACGGCUGAGCCCUCUGAUCAGUUUUAACCUCUAUAAAAGUGGGACUUGUUAGACAAUACGUGUCUCCUGAUACAAUGCAAUGGAAAGUGCACACCCCCACCUGUGAAGCCCUGUUGCCACAAUAAUGAACCGAAGGAGUCAAACCUUUAAAAAAAUUUUUAAUCCAAGAAUUUGGGGAAUAGUUGAACAAAGCAAGUGGUACCACAAGGAAGCAGCAAAGCAGAUCCAGAACGUGUAAAAUUCUGCAAAACAAAUGACCUGAUUUCUUCAACUAAUGAGUGGCAUGAAAAAGACGAAAAGACAAGAAGGACGCUGUCAACAGAUUAAAAGAGACUUGAGAGACAUAUCACCUAAAUUCAGUAGGUGGGCAUUACUUGGACCUAGACUGAACAAAAUGUAAAAAGACAUCUUGGAGACCGGGAGAAAUGUGGGCAUGCCCUGAGUAUUAGGUGAUAUUUAGAAAUAUUAGUUUUGUUAGGAAUGAUGAUAUCAGUGUGGUUAUUAAGAAAUAAAAGAUGCUAUGUGUUAGAGAUACGUGCUUCCAUAUAUAGGAAAAGAUAAGAUACUCAGAUUUGUGUUAAAGUACUCCAGCAAAAGCAAUAGAAUUGACAAAGAGAGCUAGAGAGUAGAUUGGCAAAAUGCUGAUAAUUACUGAAAUAGAGUGGUUUAUGGGGGUUCGUUGUCCUUAAUAUUUCUACUUUUUAAAAUGUGUUUGAAAGUUUCAAUAAUAAAAUAUUUAAAAUCAAAA